AUGGUCGACAAAUCCCAGCAGACUGACCCGACAGACAAAAAGAAAUCCAUGGCCAUACCACAAUCAUCUGGCCCCAAAGCUGCCCUCAGCAUUGGCAAUAUUCCUGGAAGCAAAGGCAACUACUCUGCCAAAGAAUAUGAGUCUUUAAGAGUAUCUUCUCAACUUCAGCAAACGUGGACAAAAAGAAAGCACGGACAGGAAAUGGCUGAUAAGUUUCAGCAGACAGACAAUGGUCUAGAAGAGAAAAAAGAAGUCCCUUUAGUUGAAACAUUGGUAGUUGAAGAAAAGCCAGCUGGUGUCGGGGAAGCAGCCACCGAAUUGUCAGAGAGUAUUCAGGAAGUAGACAGUUCACCACACAAACAGCCAGUUGAACUAAAAAUCGACAGAUCUCAGCAGACCAGUUGUACUGGAGACUGGACCAUGAUUAACAUUGCCCCCAAAGAAAAAAUGGACAAGGAACAGCAGACAUACUUUAGUGAAUCAGAAAUAGUGUUUAUUUGCAGGCCAGGUGUUUCUUUUACAACAUCAAAGGAAGGUGCCCAGAAACGUAAAUCUUCAGGAAAGAUUUUUGUAAGUGACCAUGCUCAAUUUCAACUAGCAACAUGUAUUUGUGAAGAAACUGGGCAGGAAAAGAUCAGUUUAUCUUCUUUCCCACUGGAAACCAAAAAAGAUUUUCCAGGACCUUUAGAACGUGAGCCGAGGCAAGAAGUAACUAUACCUCUUGUAGAAGAGGGUUCUGUUGAUAAAAAGAAAGCUUCUGCUGAAAUAGAGCCUCUACCAACAGAAAAAUUUGCCCCUGAAGUACAGACUUCACCUUCUGACAAGGCCACUGCAGAAGUAGAGCCCAGUCCUCCUGAGGAGAUGCCUGUCCAAGUACAGACUCCAACUGAAGGAAUUCCUGCUGAAGAGGCUCCUAAAAGAGUGGCCUCUGCUGGGGUUCAGUUUCCACCAGUUGAAGAGACUCCUACAAAAGUGGCCUCUGCUGAUGUUCAGCAUCCACCAGCUGAAGAAACUCCUUCAAAAGUGGCCUCUGCUGAGGUUCAGCGUCCACCAGCAAAGGAGACUCCUUCCAAAGUGACCUCUGCUGAGGUUCAGCCUCCACCAGCUAAGGAGACUCCUUCAAAAGUGGUCUCUGCUGAGGUACAGUCUCCACCACCGAAGGAGACUCCUUCAAAAGUGGUCUCUGCUGAGGUACAGUCUCCACCACCGAAGGAGACUCCUUCAAAAGUGGCCUCUGCUGAGGUUCAACAUCCACCAGCUAAGGAGACUCCUUCAAAAGUGGUCUCUGCUGAGGUACAGUCUCCACCACCGAAGGAGACUCCUUCAAAAGUGGUCUCUGCUGAGGUACAGUCUCCACCACCGAAGGAGACUCCUUCAAAAGUGGUCUCUGCUGAGGUACAGUCUCCACCACCGAAGGAGACUCCUUCAAAAGUGGUCUCUGCUGAGGUACAGUCUCCACCACCGAAGGAGACUCCUUCAAAAGUGGUCUCUGCUGAGGUACAGUCUCCACCACCGAAGGAGACUCCUUCAAAAGUGGUCUCUGCUGAGGUACAGUCUCCACCACCGAAGGAGACUCCUUCAAAAGUGGUCUCUGCUGAGGUACAGUCUCCACCACCGAAGGAGACUCCUUCAAAAGUGGUCUCUGCUGAGGUACAGUCUCCACCACUGAAGGAGACUCCUUCAAAAGUGGCCUCUGCUGAGGUUCAACAUCCACCAGCUAAGGAGACUCCUUCAAAAGUGGCCUCUGCUGAGGUUCAGCAUCCACCAGCGAAAGAAACUCCUUCGAAAGUGGCCUCUGCUGAGAUUCAACCUCCACCAGCUAAGGAGACUCUUAAAAAAGUGGCCUCUGCUGGGGUUCAGUUUCCACCAGUUGAGGAAACUCCUUCAAAAGUAGCCUCUGCUGAGGUUCAGCCUCCACCACCAAAGGAAACUCCUUCCAAAGUGGCCUGUGCUGAGGUUCAGCCUGCACCUGCUAAGGAGAUUCCUUCAAAAGUGGUCUCUGCUGAGGUUCAGCCUCCCCCACCUAAGGAGACUCCUUCAAAAGUGGCCUCUGCUGAGAUUCAGCCUCUACCAGCAAAGGAGACUCCUUCAAAAGUGACCUCUGCUGAGGUUCAGCCUCCCUCAGCUAAGGAGACUCCUUCAAAAGUGACCUCUGCUGAGGUUCAGCCUCCACCAGCUAAGGAGACUCCUUCAAAAGUGGCCUCUGCUGAGGUUCAGCCUCCACCAGCUGAGGAGACUCCUUCAAAAGUGACCUCUGCUAAGGUUCAGCCUGCACCUGCUAAGGAGACUCCUUCAAAAGUAGCAUCUGCUGAGAUUCAGCAUCCACCAGCUGAGGAGACUCCUUCAAAAGAGGCCUCUGCUGAGGUUCAGCCUCCACCAGCUGAGGAGACUCUUUUGAAAGUGGCCUCUGCUGAGGUUCAGCCUCCACCAGCUAAGGAGACUCCUUCAAAACUGGCCUUUUCUGAGGUUCAGCCUCCACCAGCUGAGGAGUCUCCUAAAAAGGUUCAGCCUCCACCAGCUAAGGAGACUCCUUCAAAAGUGGCCUCUGCUGAGGUUCAGCCUGCCCCUGCUAAAGAAACUCCUUCUAAAGUGGCCUCUGCUGAGGUUCAACCUCCACCAGCUGAGGAGACUCCUUCAAAAGUAGCCUCUGCUGAGGUUCAGCCUCCACCAGCUGAGGAGACUCCUUCAAAAGUGGCCUCUGCUGAGGUUCAACCUCCACCAGCUGAGGAGACUCCUUCAAAAGUAGCCUCUGCUGAGGUUCAGCCUCCCCCAGCUGAGGAGACUCCUUCAAAAGUGACCUCUGCUGAGGUUCAGCCUGCCCCUGCUAAAGAAACUCCUUCUAAAGCGGCCUCUGCUGAGGUUCAACCUCCACCAGCUGAGGAGAUUCCUUCAAAAGUGGCCUCUGCUGAGGCUCAGCCUCCACCAGCUAAGGAGACUCCUUCAAAAGUGACCUCUGCUGAGGUUCAGCCUGCCCCUGCUAAAGAAACUCCUUCUAAAGUGGCCUCUGCUGAGGUUCAACCUCCACCAGCUGAGGAGACUCCUUCAAAAGUGGCCUCUGCUGAGGUUCAGCCUCCACCAGCUAAGGAGACUCCUUCAAAAGUGACCUCUGCUGAGGUUCAGCCUGCACCUGCUAAAGAAACUCCUUCUAAAGUGGCCUCUGCUGAGGUUCAACCUCCACCAGCUGAGGAGACUCCUUCAAAAGUAGCCUCUGCUGAGGUUCAGCCUCUACCAGCUAAGGAGACUCCUUCAAAAGUGGCCUCUGCUGAGGUUCAUCCUGCACCUUCUAAGGAGACUCCUUCAAAAGUAACCUCUGCUGAGGUUCAGCCUCCACCAUCUAAGGAGACUCCUUCAAAAGUGGCCUCUGCUGAGGUUCAGCCUCCACCAGAUAAGGAGAUUCCUUCAAAGGUGGCCUCUGCUGAGGUUCAGCCUCCACUAGCUAAGGAGACUCCUCCAAAAGUGGCCUCUGCUGAGGUUCAGCCUCCACCGGCUGAGGAGACUCCUUCAAAAGUGGCCUUUGUGGAGAAUGUGUCUACUGAAUUACAGUCACCCUAGGUAACAGGCAUCCCAGCAAAAUUAAGGUCAGUUAACUUGGAAGAUGAUACAAAAAUUAAAGAGGUUUUAAAAAUGGAUCCUGUUCUCGAAGAUUUGUCUAAUACCAAAAAUGGGCAGGAUGCCAUUCAUAUGGUAUUAGAAGAGACCUCCUCCUGA